GUCAGAGUGACAUAAGAUAAUAGAUAACUUGCAAAUUCAAAUUUAAAUUGAGUCAAAGGUGUAAAUAAAAUAUGUUUUUUGUGUUGCCUCGGCAGAUCGUCAGGCUCUUUAUUUUAUCUGAAUUACUCUGUAUAUCUAUUUGAGCACAUUUAAAGUAGCUUUAAGUACGAUACCUUUUCAAAACUGUUAUUAUCGUUGAUAUCUGAAAAUGUACUUAUAACGAUCAUAAUACAGUUGAACAUCAAGAACAUCAACGGUCGUGACCCUUUUAAAAAAAUACUUUACCACUUUUUGAGUUCAUUUUUAUAAACAAUUUUUAAAUAUAAUAUUUUUUUCCUGAUUGAAUAAUUAAGUUGCUGCAAAAUAUACAUUUAUUACUGUAAAACAUUAAGCACUAAAUUUAGUAGGUCUUCGAAAUUAAUCAUUGCGUAGAUGAUGAUUAUCUCUUCAAAAAGUAUCAUAAUCACAAAUGAAAAAUAUUGUUUAAAUUAUAAAAUUCUCACUGUUUCCGUAAAAUAAUGGUUUAGUUUCUUCACAUAACAAAAACGAAAAAAAAAACUGGAAGUUAGAUUACCAUUUAAACGUUAAUUUGGGUGCAUAAUUCAUAUAAUAUACUAUACACAAUCAUUAUAAUGAUCUUUCAUCCUUAUUAUAACUUAUUAUUUCUUAAUGUAAAGUACGCCAAUGGCACAAAAAGUGUGACAUUUUCGUGGCAUACCCUUGAACGAACAAAAGACACGUCUCAGAACAGCCUCAUAAAAUAAAAACGCCGAGGUAAAUGUAAAUUAUAGGAUGCAAGUGUUUUUCUAUAAGACCCCUUUAUUAGAAAAUUUAUUUUAAUUAGAGAAACUAAUAAUUAUCUGUUAUGUAAAAAUGUUGUCCUUGAAAUUUUUGACAUCCCCUCAAUUAAUGUGUACCCUAUUAUUAAAUUAUUUUUCUUUUAUUAGUUAACGGCCCUCGAAAAUCAAUCAAUAAAAUUGUAAAUAAUAGAAAAAGGCAUUUCAAGAUGAAACUGUCAUCAGUUACAACUUGUCUGUUUUCAAGUGAUUUUCACACCCGAAUGAAUUUUGAUUGGAAAGAUACAAUAAAAUUAAAUUUUCUCAUGAUGAAAAUUGUGGGAUUGUGGCCAAAGGAAAAGUACAAAAUCAACUUUUACACUUUAUAUACCCUGAUUUCGGUAAAUUUAUUCAUAUGUGGACAUGUUAUUUUCCACACAGUGGCUGUAUUUGUGGUUGGACGCGAUUUGAAACAUUUGAUUGGAGCUUUGUAUAUGUCCCUCACGGAAACAUUGCUAUUAGUGAAAAUUUGUUAUUUUAUCAAAAACUCUAGACUUGUUAAAUCACUACUUACAAGUCUCGACGGUGACAUUUUCCAGCCGAAAAAUGAAAAACAGCUCGAAUUAACCAAUCCGAGUCUAAUUUUUUGGAAAAAAGUACACAAAUCGUUUGCCAUACUAGUGGCAAACACUGUUUUUCUUUUUGUUUCAUUGCCAAUUUUGAGUAAAUCGACAAAACUAUAUCGGUUGCCACUGGAAGCAUGGUACCCUUACAACACUCAAAAGUCACCAAAUUACGAAAUUACUUAUUUGUAUCAAUUCAUCAGCACGCUUUUCCGAGGAAUGGCCAGUGUCAGCAUGGACACGUUUAUUGCAGCUCUAAAUAUGUAUAUAGGAGUACAGUGUGAUAUAUUGUGUGAUAAUUUGAGAAAUUUAAAUGAAACUAAUUUUAUGGAAAACUUAUCACUUUGUAUAAAGCACCACAAAGCCAUCGUGAGGUUUGAUGAAUCACUUUUAAUAACGGUGAAGAUAUGUGAACAAAUUUCUUUCAGUUUUGCUCGCGAGUGUAACAAAUUUUAUAACGGAAUAGUUUUGGGUCAAUUUUUUUCGACUUCGAUUGCUUUGGGAUUGGCCAUGUUCUUACUUAGCUUGGUAAGAUUUGUAAAAUUGCGAUUCGUCAAAAUAAUGUUCUUUAAAAAGGUUACUCCCUUGAGUACAGAGAGUAAUACAUUGUUGUUUUAUUUGGGAGCCACUACAUCAGAGAUUUUUUUGUACUGUUGGUUUGGCAAUGAAGUCGAUGUUAAGAGCAGCAAAAUUCCUUACUCAGCUUUCGAAUCGGACUGGACUGGAGCACCAAUUGAAGCAAAAAAGAAUCUUUUGAUUUUUAUUUUAAGAACUCAAAAACCAAUCAAAAUGUCAGCAAUUAAUCUAUUUUCCCUUUCGUUGGAAACUUUUACAACCAUUUUGAGAACAUCGUGGUCAUAUUUCGCAGUGCUACGACAAGUUAAUGGUCAAGCUUAAGAAAAUUAGUGACUGCAUUUUUUCACAACUUGUAUUAAUUUAGUUUCUUCUGGUUUCUAGUACUUAAAACAACUUUUUAGGAUCUCACAUUGCAUUUUUUCAAUUAUCUGUCUCACGUAUUUAUUAUUGUAGUUACUAUUAAAUAAAAGGCCACAUAUCCUUGCA